AUGCCCGGCACUCAUCUUCUACCCCCAAACUUGCUCAAGCUUUUCGCCCCCAGGCCCCCACUUCCGUACACUCGCCCCCUCGACAAGGACAUUGACCGCGUAAAGAAAAAAGCUCUCAAUGGCGUCGGCCACAUUAUCGCCCAACUCCGGGAAGAUAAGACUCAGGGGAUGCUCAAUUCCGGGGAGAGCGAGGGGAUGGAGGAGGGCGAAGAGCCUGCGUUCACCUACGCAGAAGAGACCAAGCGUGCUAUUCGCAGAGAGGAGCGAAAGAAUAAGAAGACGGAUGAAUACAACAUCGCCAAGGAAAAUUACAAACCUGCGGACGACCCCGAGGCUGUUGGCGACCCGUACAAGACCCUUUUCAUAUCACGUCUGCAUAAAAAUGCCACUGACAGUGAUCUUCGUCGUGAGUUCGAAGGAUUUGGCAGCAUUGAACGGGUAAGGAUUGUUCGAGACAAAAAGGGACGGAGUAAAGGCUACGCGUUCAUCGUCUUCGAGCGUGAACGAGACAUGAAAGCUGCUUACAAGGAGUCCGACCGGUUACAAAUAAUGGGCAAAAGGGUUUUGGUCGACGUCGAGCGCGGUCGCACGGUAAGAGGCUGGAAACCCCGUCGUUUAGGCGGGGGUCUGGGCGGCAGGCCUAAGCCUGAGCCGCCUGCACCAUUGCUCAGCGCGAAGGGCCCGCCCAGUGGUGGCGGCUUUAGAGGCGGAUUCCGCGGUGGUGACCGAGGCGGUGGCUUCCGUGGUGGUCGUGGUGGCGGCUUCCGGGGAGGUGGUGGUGGCGGGUUCGGUGGUGGCGGUGGUCGAGGUGGCUUCAGAGGUGGCAGAGACGACUUUGACGGAGGGCGCGGUGGCGGCGGAUUUGGUGGAGGCGGUUACCGAGGUCGCGGUGGAGGUAUCGGUUAUCAAGGUGGUGGUGGGUUCAGCGACCAUGGGUACGGUGGUCCCCCUGGAGGCCAAGGCGGACCUGGCGGACCUGGCGGAUAUGGAGGCCCCGGCGGUGGGUACAGCGGGCCACCCGGCGGCGGUCCUGGUGGGUAUGGUCCUCCGGGGGGUGGAUAUGGUGGCGGAGGUGGGUAUCGCGGCGACCUGAAGCGCGAAGGUGGGCCCGGUGGAUACGACGAUCGUGACUCGAAGCGGCCCCGCUACUAG